AUGGCGACCAAGCGCAAGUCAGAGGAUGCUUCAGCAUCCUUCCUGCCGAGCAGCUAUGCAUCACAACACGCCAGGAGCUUGCAAGACGAUGCGGAUGGUUUCACGAAAGCUACGAGCAAGAAAGAAAAGAAACGACUCAAGAUUUUGAGGAAAGCAGAGUUGGAAGUGCCGGAGUUCCACUUCAAUACCCGAGGCUUCGCGAACAACCGACACGUUGCGCUUGUUCAUGUUCGUGACGCUCUGCUCAGUAUAUUGUCAGAUGAGCCUGCGCCCAAUUGGCUCGUCAUCAAGCAUAAGAGUCACAUCCAACGCGUCGUCGUUCUUUUCAUUCCCGGCAUCACGGGCGAUACACUAGGUGUCGCUGAUCUCGACGCGCACACGACGAUACCCCAGUCUCUGACAGAAUCCUCGAGGAGUCAAGCCGACAGGAAGACAAAGCUACCUGUCUUUGGUCGGAUAUUCGGUGCAUACUGUCCUACGAAAGCGCCGGGCGACAAGUACAAGAUCCACUCGGCACAGAUGACAUUUCUUAGCUCGCUCGCCGUUCCGCCAGCAGAGAAGAAGCGCAGGGAAGCUGCUCGUGUACGCGAAGCUCGUGAGACGUCGAGUACAGCGCGAGAAACGGCAGCGAAUUACCUGCUGACGCGCGAUCAGAUGCUCACGGCCGCUUUCCCCAUGCCAUCAUAUCGCUUUAGCACGCCGAACGAACCUCUGGACAGUAGAUCUCCACCUGAGCCAGGUCAGAUCGAUACCGUCCUCGAGGAGACCUCCAAAGUGGCAGGCAGGCCGGGUUGGUACGAGACCCCACAAGCCAUGCUCUCGCGAGACGAGGCCAAAUCGAUGAAGGUGCUCGGCAUCGACUGUGAGAUGGUCAAGACGGCGGAAGAUUCCGAACUUGCGAGAGUGGCCAUCAUGGAUCAGCAAGGCCAAGUCGUCUACGAUACUUUUGUCAAGCCCGACCGACCCAUAAUAGACUAUGCUACGCAGUAUUCUGGUAUCACGCCCGAGAACCUUGCCAGUGUAACGACGACCCUGGCAGAUGUACAAAGUCACCUCAAGACUCUCAUAGACUAUCGCACUAUCCUCGUCGGACACUCGCUCGAAUGCGAUCUUCGAGCGCUCAAAUUGGCACAUCCCUGGGUCAUCGACACGACUGUACUCUAUCCUCAUCCGCGUGGUCCGCCCUUCAAGUCGAGUCUGAAGUGGCUCGCAAAGCAGUGGCUCAAACGAGAGAUCCAGAUCAUCAGCUCGCACAGACAGCCCAUCUACGAUGACAGAGGCGAACCGAUUGCUCAUGCGCCCGGCCAUGAUCCUAGAGAAGAUGCAGGAGCGGCAAUAGAGCUUCUCAAUAAGAAGAUUGACAAGGGACCGACAUUUGGCGUCUUCACGAACGACACAGAAACCAUCUUUGAACGUCUCUCGCGAGGACCGACGCCCAAGACGUCGGCAAUCAUCGACUACGGUUCGCCAGCAGUCUGGAUCGCUCGCGGGUGCAGUACAGUGACAGCGUGCACAUCAGACGAUGAGAUCUGCUCGGGUAUGAUCUCCGCUGCUCAGACGCAGGAUUUUGUCUACGGCCGCAUGCUCGAACUCUCCCAUGCCCGAGGCUGGACUACGGCACGUGCAGCACAGGCAGGAACCGCAGAAGACGAAGCGACUAUGCCCGCAGAACCAAGCGAGCCCGUCAAGGCGAUAGACGCAGAUCCGGUUUAUGCACAGAUGAACGAGAGGAUCAAGACACUCUGGAAUGGCUUACCCCGAUCCACUGCCUUGAUCAUUCUCACUGGUCAUUCCGACCCAGGACCGGCCAUCGCGCUCAACAAACGCAGGGCGACUUAUGACUCGCUGUGCAGAAUGCUCAAGCCAAGCGAAGUGCCUAGAGAGCAUGUAUGGAUGACACAAGAUGAUCGCGAUCUCGAGCAAGAAGUAGUAAAGGCUAAGUUGGGCAUGUCGUUCUUUAGCAUCCGAGGCGAGCCGUUGUUUCUGCUACUGCUAGCCGAUAACAUCUCCUUGCGCAUCAAGCGACGGCAAUCGCUGAGCGCCGACGACAGUAUUGCACUGACCGAAGCCCAAAUUGACGAUGCAGCGGCUCGAGCAAUCGAGCAGCCGGCAAAGGGUAGCUUUUCCACCGAAGAAGAUGCAGCAGACCGGAUGAAUGCAAGUCGGUGGGAUGCAAAGACACUCGCCGGGCACAGAAUACGACCCGUCUUUCCUCGAACAUGGACACACGAACUGCCCACAUUACAUACUUCACUCACCACCCUCCUACCUAUCUUGCCUCAGAUAGCGAGGGGACAUUCUAAUUCUGCACCCGAUGGAUCAAUGUCGACACUCGUCAUGACACUCGCCACGCCUGGCAUCAAGUCUCAUCUCUUCAAUUGGCUUUGCUUUCUGCAUCAUAGAUUGCCAUCAAACCUAUAUCCACCCGGCAGCUACCUCGUCAUCACGUCGUCCAGAGAUCUCGCCGUGUAUCUCUCGGACAGAGGUGUCAUCACCCUGUUGCUCCGUCCGUCAGAAGCAGAGAUGGAUAGUCGCGCAUUCUUGGAUCUAUGGACCACUUUGCGUAAGCUGGAGCUCUUGAUCUCAGACGACCCGGAGAACGUCGCGCUCAACAGUAGCGUGGCGCUGAAGUGGGGCAAUCUGGACUAUCAGUCGCUGAUGCUGGAGCGCACGAUCAUGACGACAGCAAUUGUCAGCAGUCUGGUCGAUGCCAACGGUCCCUCUGUCGAUCGUUCAUCAAGAAAGCCAAUGAAAGCCAAUGAGCGCCCCGUAGGCGGCGUACUGAUCGCAGACAACGAUGCAGUAUGGCUGUCAUCACCGAUACCGCUCCUAGCACACCCAUAUCGUCCGCAAGGCAGCCUACCGUCCUUCCUGUAUUCAAGCGACAUCCACCCGACUGCCAUGACUGAGUAUGGCAAAUUCGAGCUGCCAUGCGCUGGCUUCUUCUACUCGCGCGUGUCUGAUCCUAUCAAGCCAACUUAUGACAGGAAGUGUCAAUUUAGCCCUUCGGAAGGUGCUGCCCUUGCAUGGCGGUACACCACGCUCUGUCACAUUGCUUCGACCCUCGAAUGGCGUGGCAGAGCUGAGGAAGAGGCCCGCGAUGAGCUCGAGAACGAGGGUCUGCCUGAAUCUGAUAUGCCUCGUUUGCUCAAGAAGCACAACAAGCUACAGCGUGCUCCUGGCUUUCAAGAUUCGAGCCUUGGACCAGCGAUCUGGCUUGCAGAAGAGGGUCUCCUACCACACCUUUCGCAUGAACGUUUCAUGGACGCAUUGACUUCUGGCGACCCGGACGAUCUGCUCGCGCUGAUGUCCGAGAUGGGUCUAGGGCCCGACGACCCACCUUGCGACAUCAAAGCGCGUCGAGCAUACAAGCGCUGUCCCAAUCCUGAUCAUCCAGCUCACUCGCCUUUUGCCGCGUUCGAGAGACGCGCUCGCUGGCGUGAUACACCUUUGCUCAGUGGUCACAAGCGACGUAGUGUGCAGCAUUACACUAGGCCUCCUCCGAAUAUACAGAUCAGAACUGAGCCAUUGCCCUAUGCUCUGUUUCCUCCCGGCCGAGGGUUCUUUGAUGAAAAAGAGCGCGAGAACGGGGCGGAAGCCGUCGUUGUGCAUGCUAAUUACGCCAUUGGCAAGUACAAGGAGAAAAUAAUGAAGAGAGAAGGCAUAUGGGCACUCGUCGAACGGCCCGACCUUGAUCAGCCGCCUAUUGUCGGCAAACGCGCGCUCGCUUCUCACGGGACUCGUCGCCAGUCUCGCUUCCUGCGCAAUGUCCGAACCAUACAGGUUGGACAGCAACUCAUCGCCUCUCCCUACUCGACUCCAUCAAUGGCACCUCCACCCAGUCGCUCUUUGUUUUUAUCUAAGUUGCACGCACUGCUUGAUGCAUCUACGGAAGCAGACGAUGUACAUUGGUACGGUGACGACGGUGUCUUUCGAGUAACGAGCAACUCUGCGAGAGCUUGCGAAGCGCUCGCCACUGCAUGGGCUUUCAGCUCUCUUUCGAGCUUUGUCAGACAGCUCAAUUAUUACGGCACGACCCGGGUAUCGGAUCGCCGUCAUGCAAGUCAGCGGACCAAGAAUGCGCCUCACGAAGGCUAUGUUGUCUUCAGACAUCCCAGCGGAUAUUUCUUGCCAAACCGUCCAGAUCUCGUCACUAACAUCUCCCGACGCACGCGAAAGAAGCGCGCACGCGGCAGUGCACCCGCGACUAGGCGAACGACAGCUGCUGCUGCACGUACUCGCUCGGCAACAGCAAUCGCAGACUUUGCGCAGAAGAUGGCAGUCUCUGUUAACGCUCGCGAUCUCGCCAUCCAUGAUCGUAGCUCGAUCUCUGUCUCGACGAGUAGCAGCAGUCCAUCUCUCGGCAGCGGCCCGUCAACAUUCUAUCUGCCUUCCGUCUCAUCCGGCCCGAACAGCUACUACUCGUCUGUCGGUAGCUCGCCUAUCUCGCCCGCUGUGCCCGACUUCUCGAUGCCGACUUUCUCGCUCUUUGACGCUCAGGAAACGUCCUUUGCCUCGCAAGCCGAUCAUGCCCACGUCCUCUUCUCGCCUGUCGAAAGUGAUGUCAGAUUUUCGCCCUCGCAGCUGCAGCUAUCGAGCUACAACAGUGCCGACUGUAUGACGAACUUCAACGAAGAGGCGAACUAUCCUUCGAGCUUCGAUGUGGCGUACAGCUCACCCGUAUUCCAAGAUCAUACGAGCAUGAUGUGGCCAUCGCCUUCGCAUUAG